AUGGAGAACGCCAUUCGAUCUUCUUUUCCAGAACGACCACAAUUUCAAGGGUUUAUGAGGCCAUGUCGGGUAGAAGGCAGUGUCCGGCAGCUAGAGGUACAUGGCGAGAUACCUGUAGAUAUUGACGGUACCUUUUACCGAGUCAUGCCUGACCCCCAUCUUCCACCUUUCAUCGAGGACGACCCUUGGUUUAACGGCGAUGGGAAUAUUAGUGCAUUUCGGAUUCACGAUGGCCAAGUAUCAUUCCAACAGCGAUAUGUGCGAACCGAAAAGUUCGUUCGUGAGGAAGAAGUGAAACGUGCUUUGAUCGCAGGAAAGUAUCGCAACAAGUUUACCGAUGCAGUCAGUUUCAAAAUACGAAGCACUGCGAACACCAACGUUGUAUACUUCAAUGGCCAACUCCUCGCUCUGAAGGAAGAUUCGCCUCCGUAUGCCUUGGACCCAAUCACACUGGAAACAAAAGGGCUGUACACUUUUGGAGGUCAACUACCGAGUAUGACAUUUACUGCCCAUCCCAAGUUUGACCCAAAAACCGGCGAAAUGGUGUGUUUUGGAUAUGAAGCAAAGGGUGAUGGCACUCCAGAUAUCUGUUACUAUUCGGUAUCGCCAGCUGGCGAUCUCACAGAAAUUGUAUGGCUUGUUUCUCCAGUCGUGGCCAUGAUCCAUGAUUUUGCUGUUACAGAAAAUUGGGUUCUGUUUCCUAUUAUUCCUCAGGUCUGUGAUAUUGAGCGACUGAAACAAGGAGGGGAGCAUUGGCAAUGGAGCCCGGAAACUCCUUUUUACAUUGGUCUGCUCCCUCGCCGAGGAGGAAAGUCAUCAGAUGUCAAAUGGUUGCGCUAUAAAAAUUCAUUUCCGGGUCAUACCUCAAACGCCUUUGAAGAUGAGCGGGGAAAUAUUGUAUUCGAUUUGGGCUUGAGCGACAAAAAUGUCUUUUUCUGGUGGCCAGACGCUGAAGGCAACGCCCCCGAGCCCAGCUCCAUCCAUUCGCAGCUCACACGCUUAACCAUCAAUCCACACUCGAAUGACCUUGAGUUGAGGGCCCCGGAAAUUCUGCAAUCUAUUAACUCCGAAUUUUAUCGCAUCGAUGAUCGUUUUGCAACAAAAAAUUACCGUCAUUGCUUUUUCGAUUCGAUGGAUCCUACUCUCGGUACCGAUUUUCCCUCCAUCGCGCCAAAACUAGGUGGAGGCUAUCCGUUAUAUAAUUCUUUGACACACUAUGACAUUCUAACAAGCCGAUCGGAAGUUUAUUUCCCAGGAAGAACUCACAUGGUCCAAGAGCCUGUUUUUAUUCCUCGGAAAGGAUCGGCUGAGGAGGGAGAUGGAUACUUGAUUGUGUUGGUGAACAACUACGAGGACAUGAGCAGUGAACUGCACCUUCUGGAUACCAAAUCUUUCACCAAACCAAAAGCAACAAUUUUGUUGCCUAUUCGCCUUCGUCAAGGCCUGCAUGGAAACUGGGUUGAUGCAGAAGACAUUUGUGGAAAUUAA